ACGCUAUUCCAUUCUUAGGACAAUCGGGGUCGCUGCUGGUCAGCACAUCACGUGAUGUAGGCAGGACAGCUGACGUUGUUUGGCCGGAGCUCAGAAGCACCAGAACAGCUCUCGCUCUCACACCCACUUUCCCUCUUUCUCUCUUCCCCACCCUUAAUAUCUCAUAGAUUCAUCCCUAUUAACCUAACUCCCGAUCUAUUCGAUUCGACUCACCCACCAUAACCCGUGACUUUGCCACGCCGACCCCUCCGUUCCAACCAUGUCUACCCUUGAAGAUCUCGACGACCUUGAGCGUGAGGAGAAGAAGCAGGACCAAGGAGAUGGAGAUGCUGAAAUGAACGAUGCGAAGAAGGACGAGGAUGAGAUCUUGGACGAGGAGAUUAUCAACUCGAGUACGGCCGAUAUCGUCAAGCGGCGGCGGAUGUUGGAGAAUGAGCUGCGUAUCAUGAAGAGUGAAUACCAGCGACUGUCGCACGAGCAGAGCACAAUGCGGGAAAAGGUCAAGGAUAAUCAAGAAAAGAUCGAGAACAACAGACAACUACCAUACUUGGUCGGAAAUGUCGUUGAACUGUUGGAUCUGGAUGUCGAGGCUGACGCAGCCGAAGAAGGCGCCAACAUCGACCUUGAUGCAACCCGGGUGGGCAAGUCUGCUGUUAUCAAAACAUCGACCCGUCAGACCAUCUACCUCCCCCUCAUUGGUUUGGUAGACCAUGAGACGCUCAAGCCCGGUGACCUCAUCGGUGUUAACAAGGACUCAUAUCUUGUCUUGGAUACGCUACCCGCCGAGUACGACAACCGGGUGAAGGCAAUGGAGGUUGACGAAAAGCCUACAGAGAAAUACACAGACAUUGGUGGUUUGGACAAGCAGAUUGAGGAGAUUGUGGAAGCUAUUGUAUGGCCGAUGAAGGAGGCGGAGAAGUUCAAGAAGAUCGGCAUCAAGGCACCAAAGGGUGCUCUGAUGUACGGUCCUCCCGGAACUGGUAAAACACUCCUUGCUCGUGCCUGUGCGGCAGAGACAAACGCGACUUUCCUCAAGCUUGCCGGUCCCCAGCUUGUGCAGAUGUUCAUUGGUGACGGUGCUAAGCUUGUCCGUGACUGCUUCGCCCUCGCCAAGGAGAAGGCACCAUCGAUCAUUUUCAUUGACGAACUCGACGCUGUUGGCACAAAACGUUUCGACUCGGAGAAGUCCGGUGACCGUGAAGUGCAGCGAACCAUGUUGGAGCUUCUCAACCAGCUUGACGGUUUCGCAUCGGAUGACCGUAUCAAGGUGCUUGCCGCCACUAACCGUGUUGACGUGCUGGACCCUGCCCUUCUCCGAUCCGGUCGUUUGGACCGUAAGAUUGAGUUCCCUCUACCCAAUGAAGAGGCACGUGCCAACAUCCUGCAAAUCCACUCCCGCAAGAUGUCCGUCGAGGACAGUGUCAACUGGGCGGAAUUGGCCCGCAGCACAGACGAAUUCGGUGGUGCCCAGCUCAAGGCCGUUUGUGUCGAAGCCGGUAUGAUCGCCCUCCGGAAAGGCAUGACCAAGGUCGGGCACGAGAACUACGUCGAUGCCAUCGCCGAAGUACAGGCCAAGAAGAAGGACACCAACAUGGGUAUUUAUGUUUAAACAAAAGCAAAACGAGCUCAUGUUUUCUGCUCUUUCUCUUUUUGCCUCAACCUUUUAUGCCAUGCCAUGUAUCUAUGUCCUUCGUGUCUCGAAGCUAGUAAUCGAUAUACAUGCCAACGUCAUCUUACUUAACUACCCUUUUGCUUUCCUUUCCUUUCCUUUCCCCGUCUUGCGAUGCCUUGAUUUUUCUUAAGCUCUUUUGAUACAGCACUGCUUGGCUGUUGGCAGAUAGAUAAACAGGCGUAAUGAUAGUGUUUGCCUUGGCAUCCUUUUCAACUUGUUUCAUACAGGUAGAUUACUCAGUAGGAUCUAGGAACAUA